AUGAAUGCGGCUCUAGACUUCUUAAGGCGAUGUUGGAGCUGGCUGAAGCAUCGGCUCCAACAGCUCUGGAUCUUCCUCCUUUGGGUGUUCGACUACGUAUGUUGUUGUGGUUGUAUGUACGAAGAGGAGGAUGAUAUUGAAAAAGGAAAUGUUCAGACAAACAACACAUUGGGUACACAGAAAGUUGCCAGCACGACCGGAAUGUCAACACAAGGGCAGAUUCACAAGGUGAUCAUGGUCGGAAGCGGAGGCGUGGGGAAAUCAGCGUUGACUCUCCAGUUUAUGUACGAUGAGGUGAGUUUAUGUUACUUUCAGUGGAGUUUGAGGAAAAUUACUUGUGAUAUCGAUUUUCUGUUCUUGGAUGAAUUUUACCUUGACUUGCCUUUCUAUAACGAUUUUAUAUUUUUUUUCAGUUUGUAGAAGAAUAUGAACCUACGAAAGCAGAUUCCUAUAGGAAACGUGUUGUUCUAGAUGGUGAAGAUUGCUCGGUGGAUAUUCUGGAUACAGCUGGGCAGGAAGAUUACUCUGCGAUCAGGUAUGCCUUCUCUUGAUCUGAAAAUCUGUUUUUGAUUAAUUUUGAAAAUUAAUUGUUCGAUCUAUCCCUUGAUUUCAGAAUUUGUUUACCCAGAUCUGAUAUUAUAUUCAUUCUGUUUUAGAGACAAUUACUAUCGGAGUGGCGAAGGCUUUAUUUGCACAUUUUCGAUUACAGAUGCUGAAUCCUUCGAAGCGACUAAUGAAUUCAGGGAACAGAUUCUCAGGGUCAAGAACUCGGAUACCUCAAUACCGUUCAUUUUAGUAGGUAACAAGUCCGAUAUGGACAACGAACGUGCCGUGUCUCAGGCACAAGCACAGCAGAAGGCCGAAUCAUGGGGCGUGCCAUACAUGGAGACUUCGGCCAAGACUAGGAAAAACGUGGAUUCUGUAAGUUUUAGUACUAGUGAUUAAGCUGCUAACAGGGUCUGGUGGAUGUAUCGAUAUUUUCACUUGUCGUGCUAAGAUUUUACAAUUUUUUGACCAAAAUUCGGCUGUUGUGUUGAAAAAAGUUAGUAUCUCUUUAUCUAGUGAUGGCAAAUCUUUUGUAAUUUUAAAAUAUUUUGAUUUUUUGAAAUUGCAACGAUUCAUUAAUUUAAAAUGUUAAAGUAUGUUGACUGUAUCAUUUCUAGGUAUUUUACGAUUUGAUGCGCGAGAUCAAACGGACCAAAGGCGGCACUUUUGGUUCGGCCGCUCCAGCCGACCAGACCGGGGCUAGCCGAAAACGGACUCGCAAGUCGUGGAAGAAAAACUGCACAAUUUUCUAA